AUGUCUCUGAUGAUGGAUUGGAGCGAGAAUCCGAAACGUCAUGCCAAUAAAUUUCUUGUUCCAGUGAUCGCAUCUUCGUCUUCUGAACAGCGCUUACUGGCGUCCAGCAAGCGGUAUGACCUCGCAGUCAAAUCUGAUUGCUGUUCGACCUUGAGAAGAUUACCAGAGUCCAUAUGCAGGUCAGUUUUACUUCCCAGAUUCUUCAGCAGAAAGUCAGUCAACAUGAUCAGGUCAUUCUACUCGGCAAUUACCGACUUACUCAUAAACAAGCCCUUCUGGAGAAUUCAACUAGAUGAAGGGACAAAGUGUGGAACGUGGAAUGGGACGUGGGAGAGGCGAAAAGCGCUCGUAAAUGAUCAGCACCGCCCCUAAACUCUGGCGUUCGUGGCCCUGAAAGGGGUUACACUGCAAAUGCGCCGGAUCAAAACAAGGUUGGGACUGGCUCGCGGCGCGCGUUUAUCCGGAAGUGCGGAGUCCGCACGCCUAGAACGUCUGCCGUACUAGCAUGUGGUACGCCCCAGACUCCGUGUCAGCCACUGCGUCCAAUCCCAUCAUCCGUUUGUGGAUAGGCCCGGACGGUUGACUGGUGAAAGGGAGAGGGAAGGGAGAAAAAGCGAGAGAGAGAGAGAGUGAGGCCAACACCCAUGGCCCAUCCACGCAUUGCUCAGUAAAAUAAAUAUGGCACACUCGAAGCUACCAUGAAGCGUACUUAAUGGUAGCUUGGAGGGCUGUCAACUGAAGCGACACUACUACUACCACUACUACUACUACUACUACUACUACUACUACUACUACUACUACUACUACUACUACUACUACUACUACUACUACUACUACUACUACUACUACUACUACUACUACUACUACUACUACUACUACUACUACUACUACUACUACUACUACUACUUAUUUGGUGUUUCAGUAGCGAAGUAA